CCCUCUUCACCGAGACCCCCCAUGACAUGACGGCCCAGGCGGGCGAGGACGUGGAGAUGGCGUGCUCCUUCCGAGGCAGCGGCUCCCCCCCCUACUCCCUUGAGAUACAGUGGUGGGAAGUCCGCAACCACAAGGACUGGACAGACAAACAGACGGGGGGCUCCAUGCCCCUCGUCCUCCCCUCCGGCAGCAGUGUCGAGGGGCAGAGCCCUUCCCCCUGCUCGCCCGGGGGUCUUCACUUGCAGCAGCCGGUGGGGCUCAGG